UUUAGAGAUCUUCCCUGACACCUCACUGCAAUGGACCUUUAGCACAAUAUCUUUCAUGCAGAUAUUGUCCUGCAUUAUAACCAAAUAUAAGCUGCUUUGUGUCAGUUAAACAAAAAUGGACAGUAUUAAUACAGUAACCCAGAUAAACUGGGACUCAAAACCGGAGAAAAGUGAUGAUAAUCAGUCAGCGUCAAGUUCACAGGUUGUUUGUGGAGGAUGUCGAAAAAAACUCCGGAGUUUGUUACCGGUGAAUUAUAAAGAAGAAAUUGUAGAGCUGCUAAAACUGGCUGGACCAGUGUUUAUAUCUCAGCUGAUGAUCUUUCUGAUCAGCUUCAUCAGCACUGUGUUCUGUGGACACUUGGGAAAAACUGAACUGGCCGGUGUUGCUCUGGCUAUUGCUGUUAUUAAUGUGACUGGCAUCUCCAUUGGUUCUGGUCUGGCGUCUGCAUGCGAUACACUCAUCUCUCAGACGUUUGGCAGUAAUAAUCUGAAGCGGGUGGGUGUGAUACUACAGAGAGGGAUUCUCAUCCUCCUGUUGGCCUGUUUUCCCUGCUGGGCGCUGCUCAUUAACACCGAGCCCAUCCUGCUGGCUGUCCGACAGAGUCCCAGUGUGGCCAGUUUGGCCCAACUCUAUGUGAAAAUUUUCAUGCCCGCUCUGCCUGCUGCUUUUAUGUAUCAGCUCCAAGGAAGGUAUCUUCAAAAUCAGGGUAUUAUUUGGCCUCAGGUCAUCACAGGAGCAGCAGGAAACAUCAUCAAUGCUUUAAUAAACUAUGUCUUCCUUCAUCUGCUUGAUCUUGGUGUGCCAGGAUCUGCUGCUGCAAACACUAUUUCCCAGUAUUCCUUAGCUGUGUUUCUCUAUGUAUACAUCCGCUGGAAGGGACUGCAUAAAGCAACAUGGGAUGGCUGGUCUCUUGACUGUCUGCAGGAAUGGGGUGCCUUCAUUCGCUUGGCUUUUCCCAGCAUGCUCAUGCUAUGUGUGGAGUGGUGGACAUAUGAGAUUGGUGGAUUCCUAGCAGGCCUCAUCAGUGAGACUGAGCUGGGAGCCCAAUCUGUUGUGUAUGAGCUGGCCACUAUUGCAUAUAUGUUUCCACUGGGAUUUGCAGUGGCAGCCAGUGUGAGGGUGGGAAAUGCACUCGGAGCUGGAAACACAGAACAAGCCAAGCUGUCUGCCAAAGUAUCUUUAGCCUGUGGACUGCUUGUUUCUUGUGUGGUUGCAACCUUAAUUGGAAGUACAAAAGAUAUUAUAGGAUACAUCUUUACCACAGAAGAGGAAAUAGUGCUCAGAGUAUCAGAGGUCAUGAUCAUGUAUGGCUUCUUUCAUCUAUUUGAUGCCAUUGCGGGCAUUACAGGUGGCAUUGUCAGAGGUGCUGGAAAGCAGCUGCUCGGUGCUCUUUGUAAUAUUGUAGGAUAUUAUUUUGUGGGAUUCCCAACUGGGGUGUCUCUGAUGUUUGCUCUCAGCAUGGGCAUAAUCGGACUGUGGAUUGGGUUUUUUGGAUGUGUUUUUCUACAGUCUUUGUUCUUUAUCAUCCUCAUUUGCAAACUGGACUGGAAAAAAGCCACUCAAGAGGCCUUGAUCAGAGCAGGCGUACAAGCACCUAAGGCUAAAGAUGAAUCUUACGCUAUGGAAAAUAAGGGCUGCACAGAAGAAGUACCACAGAAAUCCCAGCAAAAUGAAGAAGGCCAAAUAGAUGCAAACACAGAUGUGGAAGGGCUCAGUGAGGGAACAGGAAUAACAGAUGAUGGCACAAAGAUCACUGUUGGCGCGUUUUUGACCACCAAACAGCUUGUUAUUCGUCGAGGACUUGCAAUUUUCUUCAUGUUGCUUAUACUAGCUGGAGGGAUCGUGUUAAAUGAGGUGCUUACUGGAUUUCUCAGAUGAGCAUAAUAAAUACAGAACUUUGUCUGCAAACCACUUAUUUUUUAUUAUGAAAUGCACCAACCCCUUGUCACCUAAGCAACGUUAAUAGUAUUUCAAGUAGAUGAUUAUGUUUUAUUUAUUUUUCUAUUUAUUUUUUAAUUCAAAGCAGCCUUUUUGCAAUUUCUGGUAUCAGAUAUGUGUUAAAUGUGUCAUGGACUUGCACUGUGAAAGUAAAACAUUUCUGGAAGCGUUUUUCUUUUUUUUUCUCAAUAAUAGCUGAGAAUUAUUUUUUUAUUAUCAGUAUUGUUUUUUUUUUUUUGUCAAGUACAUUUCCGAUGAAGGACAUCUAAGGGACCUUAUCCAGAUAUGCAGAUUACCUAGAAGAAAAUCAGGCUACUUUAUUUUAAGUUGUCCUUAUUACAGUGUAAUUAUACAGUGUACAACUAAUACAAUACAGCUAAUACAGCUAUAAUAUUAAGAUUAUAAGAUUAAUCAACUACAUGUUCUUAUAUAGUUAGGCAUAGGAUUAGGUUUGGCUUAGGGUUACUUGCAUGCAAUUAUCCAUAAUUAUUUGUUAUCAUAAUAAUAAAUACAGGGAAUAUGUAUAACAAGGACUCCUUAUAAAUAAACCUUUUUGACUCAACUGAAUCUUAUUAUGAACUGAUUACUGAAGAAUCACACAGAAAAGUGUGUGCCAUAUAAUGCUGUAGACAGGCAUUCAUGCAAGUGUAAUAUGCUGAAAGUGUCCAAUAAAUAGGGGUAUAUGCAUUGUUUGAUUAUAGAUCGAGAAGUCUCGAGCACCAAAGAGAUGGAUGCCUGAGGGAUUACAUGAGCACAUUAAUAUAUUUUUAGACUGCUAUAUAUCUUUAGUUUUAAACUGUUUGAAAAUGCAUACAAAUUGUGUACAGCUUGAUACUGUAUUUAAAGGGGUAGUUCAUCCAAAAAUUUAAAUUGUGUUAAUUACUUGCAUUGUGUUAAUUACUUGCACAGUGCUUUGAUGCAACCUGUGUUGUUAAAAGCGCUAUAUAAAUAAAAAUGAUUGUUUGAUUGUUAUAAAACCAG